CAGAUCAAAGGGGCGUGUCCGGUGUUUAAGGUUUGUUCCCAAGUGAAGCGCUGACAUUAGGGCAGAGGAGCUGUUUGGUUAUUUGAUUGUGCUCCACGUGCCCCUGCAAUUUCCCUCAUGGCCAGGGCAUCCCGCCAGCCCCCUGCUGUAUGGAAGCGGGACACCCGGCUCCUGUUGCUUUCAGCUUGUAGUCCCAUGGCUGCCGGACUAUGAAGCAGGAUGAGCUGGUGUGAUCGCGGGGUGCAGAUGCUUCUGGCAACUAUGGGGGCUUUCGCAGCCUUCAGUCUCAUGAGCGUCGCCAUUGGCACGGACUACUGGCUCUAUUCCCGGGCUCACAUUUGCAACGGGACAAACAUCACCCUGGAUGAGACUCAAGGCCAAGCCAAAAAGACUAAAGGGGACCUUACCCACUCCGGGCUCUGGAGGAUCUGCUGUAUAGAAGGUUUGUACAAAGGAAACUGUUACCGGAUAAACCAUUUCCCAGAAGAUAAUGAUUACGACCACGACAGUUCGGAGUAUCUGUUGCGUAUUGUCCGUGCGUCCAGUGUGUUCCCAAUCCUGAGCACCAUCCUCCUGCUAUUGGGUGGCCUUUGUGUUGGGGCUGGACAUCUCUACAGCAGCAGAAAUAACAUUAUCCUCAGUGCCGGGAUCCUUUUUGUAGCUGCUGGCCUCAGCAACAUAAUUGGAAUCAUUGUGUAUAUAUCCAGCAAUGCUGGAGACCCAAGCGACAAGAAGGACGAGGACAAGAAAAACCAAUACAAUUAUGGUUGGUCCUUCUACUUUGGGGCACUGUCCUUCAUCGUGGCCGAGACAAUUGGAGUUUUGGCUGUUAACAUUUACAUUGAGAGAAACAAGGAUCUGAGAUUUAGAUCCAAGAGGAUUCUGAAGACCUCUUCCUUGUCCCCAUACGGUAGGAUGCCGAGCUAUAGGUACCGUCGAAGGAGGUCAAGAUCCAGUUCCUUCUCUACAGAGCCAUCACCAUCUCGGGAGAUGUCUCCAGUCAGCAUGAAGAUAGCCGGCACCCUCCCCAUGGGAGAAAUAUCUAUGUACACUCUUACCAGGGAACCCUUAAAAAUCACAACAGCUGCCAGCUUCAACUCUGAUUCUGAUGCCAGUUUCCUGCAGGUCCAUAACUGCUUCCAGAAGGAGCUGGAAGGAAUUAACAUCAGUGUAGUUAACAGAAGGACGACCCCUGUUUAAGCCCAGUUGGUAAUACAAAGGAAUGGCCAUUGGGGCCUGUACUUUUUCUGUUUUUGGGCAACAAAUAAAUCACACCCUUCAGCACCUAACUCCAUGUAUAAGUGAGACCCAACGCUAUCAGAGUGUGGAAUUGGGCUCCCAAUGUCCAUGCCUUCAUAUUAGGCAGGAAAUAAUAUCAGAUGUAUUUGGGAUUGAUAAAGAAAUGCUGAUUUUCAGCAGUUUUCCAAGAAUAUUUUUUUUUACCAAAUAAGCCAUGAUGUAGUUGUAAAGCCAAACUCAUCCAACUCACUUUAACGCACUCUGGAAACAGACUGCAAGGAUUUUAUAGCAGUUACACUGGUGCUAUCACAGGGAAGGGGAUGAUGAAAAUAAUACAUUGUGUAUGUUGUGUGUCAAAGCCCCCCCCCAUACCAAAUGUGUUUAGCUAGGGGGGUUGCAUUUCUCUCUAGAGGGCUCUAACUGGACAUCCCUUUGAAAGUUUACAUAAGUCAGUUGCUUCUUGAAAAUUUGAGGGUGGGAUUUGUCAUUGAGCAUGCUUAAUGGGCAUUGACAGCUCUCUUUAUUGUACAUAUGUUUCAUACCACAGCCUCUUGGUACAGCAACCCUAUGAAAAGUUAUAGAUCAGCAAACAACCCAGAGUCUGAGUUGGCAGCCCAGUACUUGCACGUUUUGAUGGGGCAGCUGUACAUUUGUGGACAUGUAGGUGGUGGAGUUGGAUAGACAGACUUUAUCAAUUUAUGUGCACCAUAUAUUUAAGAAGCAGGUUAUAUUUCUUUGACACAUACAGUACCAAACAAUGAACAUCAAUGUGUCAGUACCAUGUCUAAGUGGCAUUAAACACUAGGUCAUGACAUACUAUAAUUUUAUAAUGAGACAUACCAUGCUUCUAAAUAUGUCCCAGGAAUGCAACCCCCUUCUCCUCCUCAAACACACAUUCCCUUCUUUGAGCUACCCCCCCCCCAAACUCCCCAAAUUAGGCAGCAUUGCAGAGACAGGGGCUGUUGAAGUGUCAGCCCCAAGAUUUCCACCCCAUCCCUCUCAUACUGGCUACAUUACAUCCACGUGUCAUGCUGUAGGGCUAAUUAGACAUCUCAAGCCUGCUGUUGGCUGCAUUAGUUUCUAAAUAAUCAUUUAGCUUGUCUCUAUCAGUCCUAUAGCAUGUGGAUCCUACAAGUGGAAGGGAAUGAUUGCAUUAGUGAUCACUGUGUCCAGAAUUCUUGACUCCCCCCAUAAAUCUAUUCCACCUUGUUAUUUCCCAUUGUAUAAAUAUUCUAUACCCGACUUGACUGUUUCUGACAAAUCCUAUGACUGUUACCUUCCUGAUUAAUCCACAUGUGCAUCUAAAUACAUGGCUAUUAAAUAUUACCCCUCUCACCCGCAACAUUAAUCUGUAUCAGUCACAUUGUGAUCUAGUUUAGAGGUUUCUAAAGCUGCCUCCACCCAGGGCUGCUGUGCAGAUUGUAUGGUUCUUUUCAGAUCAAACCACCCAGUUUGUAGUCAAACUUGUAGGUAGAUCCUCUCGCCAAGUAAAUGCAUUGGGUUGUAUAUACAGUAACCCUGUCCGAUCCAGAACUACACUGGUAGCAAAAUUGGCAAGUACAGUCCUUGAUCUGAUCUUAGUGCCGAAAUGUAUUGGGCUGGGUUACUUAGAGUAACAAUUUCAUUCAUUAAGCAACAAUUGGGAUAUACUUUCCCUUUAGGGCUAGUCCACACGGGGAGAUAGCGACGCGUUUGCGGUCGCGGCGACAAAGCGCCGCGACCGGCG